CGCGGGAGGAUCUGCCCCGGGGCGGAGCGGAAGCGGCCAGAAAGAGAGAGGGAGAGGAGACAGGCGGCUCCGCAGAGAACGGGGAUGUUCACACAGAGGAUUCUGUCCGCGGCAAGAUCCGCCACGUGUGCCGCAGCAGAUACUCCUGUGCUGCCGGGUUCCCUGCAGACCCAUUGAACGGAGCUGAACUGCGAGCAUGCUCCCUCUGCAGCAUCGCGAGGGCUCUGCCAAGAAUGGACCUGCACAGUCUUGAAAACCGCGGUCGCAUGAACUGCAGCGCGGCCUCCGAUUUGAAAAGCACAGGCCGCAAGCACGUAUUCCGCGGUAACGUAGCCGGAGGUGGGUGACGAGAGACGUUCGCACGGCGCCAAGUGGCAUCGACGCGGUGUGGGCAGCAGAGGGGUCCAGCCCUGUUUUAAAAGGUCCCCGCAGGGCAGGGACGCUGCGGCAACCAUGGAAGCCAUAGCAAAAUAUGACUUUAAAGCGACAGCAGACGAUGAGCUAAGCUUCAAACGAGGAGACAUACUGAAGGUGUUGAAUGAAGAAUGUGACCAAAACUGGUACAAAGCAGAGCUCAACGGCAAGGAUGGAUUUAUUCCCAAAAACUACAUAGAAAUGAAACCACAUCCGUGGUUUUUUGGCAAAAUCCCACGUGCCAAAGCAGAGGAGAUGCUCGGGAAGCAGAGACACGACGGUGCCUUUUUGAUUCGAGAAAGCGAAAGUGCUCCAGGGGACUUCUCUCUGUCAGUAAAGUUUGGCAAUGAUGUCCAACAUUUCAAGGUCCUGCGGGACGGCGCAGGGAAAUAUUUCUUGUGGGUUGUAAAGUUUAACUCCCUGAAUGAGCUGGUGGACUACCAUCGGUCCACGUCUGUGUCUCGGAACCAGCAGAUCUUCUUACGUGACAUCGAGCAGGUGCCACAGGUACACGGGGGAGACAGAGCCACAAGUUUACCACAGCAACCUACCUACGUUCAGGCACUGUUUGACUUUGACCCCCAGGAAGAUGGGGAACUUGGAUUUCGACGAGGAGACUUCAUCCAGGUGGUAGACAACUCAGACCCCAACUGGUGGAAAGGCACAUGUCACGGGCAGACCGGCAUGUUUCCACGCAACUACGUGACACCUGUCAACCGCAAUCUGUAACUAGAGCCUUCACCGGACCAGGAGCCAAGAAGGAGCACAGGCAGACUCACCUGGGAGGGAUUGACUAGGACGCCAAUUGGAGCAUACAGAUUGACUUUUUGGGGAUGAAUGGGCACAUGGAUGACCAAAAUAGAAGAGCAUGGACAGACUACUGACAGGCCAGGGAGCACCAUAUAAUAGCCCACAGAUUCAAAGAACCAGUGUUAAAUUCAAAAAAAAAAGAAAGGAAAAAAAAGACCGGACACGGGGUUAAAAAAUAGGGUAGGGAUCUCUCUUACACUGACGGGUAGAGAUGCGGCUGAGGGGGAAAACAAACGAGAAGACACAUAGAGAAAUGUACGCGACACAUAGGCUUUCUCGGUUGUCUGUCUGUGCUGUAUGCAGUUACUUCUUGCGAGUGGGAUGACCAUUUGGCUCCUCAUGGAACUAUUUUGGCCGGGGAAGAGGGGGGUGGGCAAGUUGGGACGUUUCAGGCUCACUGGGAGGGAGUGAUGAUUCCCGGGUAUUUGAUUUAGAAUGCCAAAAUUUACCUAUAAAUUAAACAGGAAACGAGAGACGUUUUGUUUUCUUAACUUAACAGAUCCCCAUUACUGCUGCUGUUCCUCCUUUAUUCCACUUCUUUCCACAGUUUUUUUUUUUUUUUUCCUGUUGACCAUGCAUGUGUGUUUGCAAAGCAAUUCAAUACAACACGCACCUGUAAAAUAAAAUGUACAAAAUCCGACCAUUUUUUCUCUCUAUGCAAAUCACUGGCUUCUGGUGUGUUGGCAGGGAACACAAAAAUCAACGCCUCAAGGGGACGGCAGCCAUAGUCUCUUCAGCAGGCAAAUCAUUUUCCCGUUUUCCACCCCCCCUUCCAUGCCUGUACUCCUUGCAGAUGGAAAUCGCUCCAAGACUUUACGGAUAGAGCUCUGAUAAAGGGAAGGCUGCACUACAACUAUAUAGCAUAUGUAUGUCUCAUUUACGCUUCCUUGUGCGUUUAGCGAUCUUAUGAUUUGGAUUACACAGAUAGGCAAUCGGAAAGAGGAGAAGGGGGGGGGGGGACUCCGUCCUGUACGAGGCGACGCAUGCAAAUCACGAGCUGUCCAGAGUCCACGUUCUUCACCUUUUAAGGCUCCAUGUUGUAACGAUACAAGUGCCAAUGUACGAGCAAGGGCUGGGAUUUCAUGUUUGGCCUUGAUGCAGCUACGCUAACCCUCUGCGAGGGGCUGUGGAGGAACCGAGCGCCUGUGCUUUAAACUACAAAAUCUUACUACUAGGAAAUCGGAUAAGAGAACUAACCUAACAGCGAUUACAGUCUAGAGGGCAGACUCUGUAUCGUUCAUGAAAUCCUUACAGUACACGCGUAAUGGCUCUUUCUGCCCCUUACUUUUGACACUCUGUGUCUUGGCCCUUCCUAGUCUGCUUCCUUCAGGCCUAAGCGAAAAAGGUUAGGAACGCACUGGGACCAUAUGAUUGUGUAUUUGGGGAUUUGUGUAUAUCCUGCACCCUUUUGCAGAUGAAUAAUGUGUGUGUAUAUAUAUAUAAAAAAAUCAAAUCAGUGUUUAAAUAAUUAAGAACGGCUUCUGUAUUUAAUCCUCCAAUGCAUCAAUUUGGUAGAUAGUUAUUAACUGUGAAUAAUAAAAAAAAAAAAUCAUGUGUAUUCUU